UCGGCAAAGUAGAGAACAAAGAGAACUCAUAACCGCUUCAACCAAAGGACCACAAUGGACGCCAAGCAGACCGCGCUUAAGAUCAACUAUAAGGGAGAGCUCCACCGCUUGCGUGUAGACCUCUCUACGUUCUCCCUAGAGGCGCUGACCGCACUUUUCGAUGAGACUUUCAACCUGAGCCCCGGCAGCUUCGUGGUGCAGUACACGGACGCUGAUGGCGACUGCCUCAACGUGACGUCGCAGGCCGAGUACGAAGAGGCCUGUCGCGUGUUCUUGAGCGGUACGGAGGGAUCUAAGUCGCUGCGCUUCGAGGCUGUCAGCCGCACUGCCGUCGCUUUCCAAGAGAACGUGGCUGACCCGAUUCUAAAGGCCAUUGAGAAGCUCGUGGAGACGCUGAAUGUGGCCAUGGAGAAGGUUAAGCACGAGCAGUGGGCGGAGAAGGCACAGCAGACGGCUCAGACUGGUCUCAGCCACACCAACGAGGCGCUUAAGACGGUGGCUCACGACGCUCGCGAGUCGCUUAACGCUGCGCGUCAGAGCAUCCAGGAGAUCCCGUUUGACCAACUGGUUAAGGAGACCACUGAGGGCAUCAAGUGCGCCGCUGAGGGCAUCAGCGAGUUUGCCAAGGAGGUUGUCGGUGAGAUCAAGAACAUGAAGAUGCCGCCCGCCCACACGGAGGUUGCCCCUGCUCCGGAGGUGCAGCAGCAGACGGAGGCUGAGGCUGUUGAGACUGCUGAACCUGCUGAGGUUCCUGUUGUCGCUACCGGCGACAGCGAGUGGGAGCAGGUGACUGAGCAGACCCCUGCCCCUGUGGAAGAGACGCCCGUUGUCGUGGAGACUCCCGCUGCCCCCGUUGUGACGGAGGAGGAGCUGAAGUGGUCGGCUGAGCUGUCCAUGGUGCGCGACAUCUUCCCGGGUGUAGAGACGGCUGUUGUCAUUGACCGUCUGGAGCAGUGUAACGGAAACGUGCAGGUUGUGCUGAAUGCUCUGAUGGAGAUGUAAGCACGAGAUGAAGAACGCAACUCUUUCGUUGAAAGGAAGACGCUUAUGCUUGAGAAUUUCUUGCAACUUUUGAGUGCAAAAGCGAUGACGGCGUAGAGGUGAGAUGGAUAGGAAAAUCUCAUGAGAAGAACUCGACGUACUUUAAUCGCGAAUAUAUUUACACAUUUUCAGA